AUGCGAGCUCUGAGUCCUCCUCCGGAGUACCUCCCACCUGUACGGCCCAGUCAAGCUAGAACAAUAGCAUCAAUAACUCUUCUUCCAGAACUAAAUGUUGAUUUUGAUGCUACUGUAGAGAUUGGUACAGAUCUUAUGCCACUCCCAAAGCUUUCAACUAGUAACUCUUAUGGUGCAUCUGGGAAGCAUUUAGGCAGAGGAUUUUAUUCUUUAUUCUUUAAUUACAAGAUGGAUCAUUCAAGUUCUGCCUCUGCCAGUGCCAGUAAUAGUGCCACUGCUGCUACUAGUGCUUCUGAUGCCAAUGAAUUAUUAGAUAAACCCUUAUGGAAAUAUGUUACCAAAAUAGAUGCUAUAGUGGAAGGAGGAGGAAAUUUAUCUUGGAUGUGCGACUUUUGUAAAAAAAAUUAUAAAAGUUCAUAUACCAGAGUGAGAGCUCAUUUGUUGAAACUAUCAGGUAAAGGAAUUGGGAAAUGCUUAAUGGUGCAAAAUAGAGAUCUGAUAGAGAUGGAGAAAUUAGAACAAGAAGCUGACAACAGAAAGCAAUCUAAUGCACCCAGAAAUGUACCUUUACCUCCUUCUAGCUCUUCCACGUGCCCAAAAAAAAGAAAAACUACAGGUUCUCUUGAGAUGGCAUUUAAUGUUGGGGAGCGAGAAGAAUUAAAUUAUCUGAUUGCUAGAAUGUUUUAUUCAGCAGGAUUGCCAUUCAAUUUGGCAAAGAACCCUUACUUCCAAGCUUCGUAUACUUAUGCAGCAAAUCAUAAUAUUGGAGGUUAUUUGCCACCGGGAUAUAACUCACUGCGAACCACUCUGUUGCAAAAGGAGAAAGAAAAUAUUGAUAAGUUGUGUGAACCUAUUCGAGAGUCUUGGACUCAUAAAGGGGUGAGUAUUGUAAGUGAUGGGUGGAGUGAUUCACAAAGGAGGCCACUCAUUAAUUUCAUGGCAGUAUCUAAUGGUAAAGCAAUGUUUUUAACAUCAGUUGAUUGCUCAGGGGAGAUUAAGGAUAAAAAUUUCAUUUUCAGGUUGCUAAAGGAAGUUAUUCAAGAAGUAGGAGAGACAAAUGUGGUUCAAGUAAUCACAGAUAAUGCUGCAAAUUGUAAGGGAGCAUGGCAACUUAUUGAGCAGGAAUUCCCAACUAUUACUUGGACACCGUGUGUUGUUCACACAUUGAAUUUGGCUGUGAAAAAUAUUUGUGCUGCAAAGAAUGUGGAGAGCAAUCAAAUAACGUUUGAGGAAUGUAGCUGGAUUUCUGAUAUUGUAGGUGAUGUUGCUGCAAUAAAGCAUUUCAUUAUGAAUCAUUCUAUGAGAUUGGCCAUCUUUAAUGAGUUUGUGAAAGUUGCUUUCUAUUGCUGA